UUGCCAUUGUGGCGUUUGCAAAUCACACAACAAGCAAACAAUUUCGCCGUAAUUAUUGGCUCUAAAUUGAAAAGAAUAGUUUGUAAACAAAGCGAAAUUCAAUUAAAGAGCACGUAUCUCGUGCAUUUACGAUCGAGCAAUUCGAUCACGUUUUUAGCGAUCCGAACCCAUACUUUCAACUCCGCCACUUGCACUUGUUCAGCUAAUUGAGCUGGUCGUGUGAUCACUGAUCAGGAAUUCUUCGUUCACGCGAUCGUUCCUCAGUCUCUGGCCAGCUGCCGAACCGACCUGAUCUUCUCCAGAGCUCUCCGCUCUUUCCGCGAGCAGAAUUCGAACCGAAACUCGCGUUUUGAAUGGAACGCGCCCUUCGCACAGACAACAACAUCAAAACAUUUGUUUAAAUACAAAAAGAAGCCAUGACCCUCAGGGACUGGGGAUACCGCCUGCUGCCGGGUCUAAAGUGGCUGCACGGCUACACCGGCCAGGAUGCAGUGGCGGAUCUGAUAGCCGGAGUGACGGUGGGACUGACGGUGUUGCCCCAAGGAUUGGCAUACGCAACGCUAGCCGGACUGGAGCCCCAAUAUGGUCUGUACUCUGCUUUUGUGGGCGGCAUCAUAUACGCCAUGCUAGGCAGCUGCCGGCAGGUGACCAUUGGACCCACGGCGUUGCUCGCACUGAUGACCAGCCGGCACACGGGAUUCGGAUUGGGAUCGGGUCCGGCGUACGCGAUACUCCUGUGCCUCAUCUCCGGCAUUGUGGAGCUGGGUAUGGCAGUGCUGAAACUGGGUGCCCUGGUGGACCUGAUAUCACUGCCAGUUACAGUGGGAUUCACCUCGGCCACGGCCGUCAUCAUUGGCACCUCCCAGCUAAAGGGUUUGCUGGGUCUGCGUGGUGGAUCCGGAUCGGAUUUCAUCAAUACCAUGCGCUCCGUGUUCGGAAAUCUACAUAAAGUUAGAACAGGCGAUCUUACCCUUGGACUGACUUCCAUUAUAGUUCUGCUGCUUCUGCGCAAACUCAAAGACGUUAAGCUGGACGGUCGCAUCCGCAACUUGCGAACACAGCAGCUUAUAAGUGGUGGCAUCUGGGUAAUAGCCACUGGUCGGAAUGCGCUGGUCGUACUGGUGACCAGUGUGCUGGCCUACAGCACAUGUGAGCACAUGGAGAGCUGCCCGUUUAUCCUCACUGGAAAGGUCAAGAGCGGUCUGCCCAACGUCUCGCUGCCAAAGUUUGAGACCACCAUUCUGGACAGGAAUGGCACUGAGAUCAGACAGAACUUUGAACAGAUGCUCUCGGAACUGGGUCCCUCCAUGCUUAUACUACCCAUUAUUGCCGUGCUUGGAAAUGUAGCCAUUUCGAAGGCCUUUGGAGGAGCCGGACUGAGUCCCACGCGGGAACUGAUUGCCCUUUCCAUGAGCAACAUUUGUGGCGCCUUCUGCAGCUCCAUGCCGGUGACAGGAUCCUUCUCGCGCAGCGCCGUCAACCACGCAAGUGGAGUAAGGACGCCGCUGGGAGGCUGCUACACAAGCGUGCUGGUUCUGUUGGCGCUCGGCCUACUGGCACCCUACUUCCAGUACAUCCCAAAGGCCGCUCUCAGUGCGGUUAUCAUCUCGGCGGUGAUAUUCAUGAUUGAGUUCGAGGUCAUUAAGCCACUGUGGCGCUGCAGCCGGCGGGAGCUGCUCCCAGGUGCCAUUACUUUCGUUAUGAGUCUGGCUGUGGGCGUGGAGAUCGGUCUUUUGCUGGGCGUAAGUACCGAUGUGGCUUUCCUGGUUUACCGCGCCGCCCGACCCGUGCUGAGUGUCUCCAAACUCCAGACCACCAAUGGCAUCAACUACAUUCUGAUUCGCCCUAAGCACAGUUCACUGUAUUUCCCGGCCGUCGAAUGGGUUCGUUCGGGCAUCUCAAAAGCUCUGACCAUUCAUGGUACCGCACCUGUGGUCUUGGAUUGCGCCCAUGUGCACGAAUUCGAUUUUACGGCAGCUCGAGGAAUGGGCUCCCUGCAAAAGGAGCUCGCCAAGGCGAAUGUGCCAUUGUUUCUGAUGAGCGCGGACAAAACUAUUGGUGUGAUCCUGAAGGAGUCGACUAAUAUUGACUUCCCCACGAUAGACUGUCCCGAUGAUUUGGAAUUCCUUCUGGAGCAAACUGCCGACUACGUUCUGCAUUUGCAGAUUUCAGCGCCGCUCGUCGAAUCCCGGUUGGUACAUGGCGAUGGCGGAGAACCAACUGAACUGAGUAAACUCAAUGGAAAAUCCUCGUAAAUACAAGGGAACUACCAUUGUUUAUUUUAAAUGUACUUAAGUAUACGUCGGGGCACACGUUCUUAUUUAUGGCAAGUUCCCCCUCAUGGGCCACAAAAGCAAAUGCUAUUUUACAUUGAAAUGGCAUUGAAAGCUCUCUAAACUUCCUACUGAUUAAUCUAAGUAUUUAAAUCAGCCCACAUGUUAUUCCCAACUAUUUCAUUCCUAUGUUUCAUUGUCCCUUCAAAUGGCUAAGCUUUAAUUGUACAUAUACACACAUAUAUAUAUAUAUAAGCCUACAUAAUUGUUUUAAAUUCUGUUUAUAAAUUUAAUUACUUUUAAAUUUGUUCUGAAAUUAAAUUUUGUAAUAUAUUCUGCAUACGUUAAAGUU